CCGACAACCCUGAAAAAGGAUCUUACUCGGAGAGCUUUCGAGAGUUGAAAGUUACUUAGUAGCUGUGAAUCUAACAAUGUUUGAUUGAAUGCAGGACGAGCGCGCUUCUGUACGUCACAGCCUUUCCAAAGACGGAAUAAAAUGGCGCCCUCUCAUGUAGUAAAAUACUGUCAAAGGGGUUUAUCUUGGAUACCUGUUAUUUUCAUCAACCUGGUCGUAUGCUGGUCGUAUUAUGCCUACGUAUUGGAGCUCUGCAUUUACACAAUCCCUAACACUGAAGAACAAGUUAUUUAUCUGGUAGUCUUUCAUGUCUGCUUCAUAAUGUUUAUGUGGUCAUACUGGAAAACGAUCAUUUCCAAACCCAUCAGCCCCUCAAAAGAGUUCUGUUUACCAAAAGCAGAGAAGGAACGGUAUGAAAGAGAGGAGAUGCCAGACGCCCAGCAGGAGAUCCUGAAGAACGCGGCCAGAGAGUUACCCAUGUACACCCGUACUGCUUCUGGAGCCAUUCGCUACUGUGACCCCUGUCAGGUGAUCAAACCAGAUAGAUGUCAUCACUGUUCAACAUGUGACCAGUGUGUACUAAAGAUGGAUCAUCAUUGCCCAUGGGUCAAUAACUGUGUGGGCUUCUCAAACUACAAGUUCUUUGUACUGUUUCUGGCCUACUCCAUGCUGUAUUGUGUGUUUAUUGCUGCCACCGUUCUGCAGUAUUUCAUCAAGUUCUGGACAAAUCAGCUGCCGGAUACUCCUGCCAAGUUCCACGUGCUGUUCCUCUUCUUCGUGGCGGCCAUGUUCUUCAUCAGCAUACUGUCCCUGUUCACGUACCACAUCUGGCUUGUGGCCAAGAACAGGACUACUAUAGAGGCUUUCAGAGCCCCAGUGUUCAGACACGGCCCAGAUAAAAACGGCUUUACUCUGGGUUUCCGUAAAAACUUCACUGAGGUUUUUGGAGACCAAAAGAAAUCCUGGAUCUUGCCCAUUUACUCAAGUUUGGGAGACGGUUAUACAUUCCCUACUCGGUUAGUCAACACGGAUGCUGAACAGGGAACUGUGAACCAGGCUAACUCAAAAUGUGCUAUUGAUGGCCAAACAAACAGUCGGCCUCUGAGUGAGUCAACUAACCAGCUUCUGACCAAUGACAUGCACUCUGAUGAACAGAAGGACUGCAGAACAAAGACUGAUAAUGGACAGACAGUGGCAGUCUGCAUAGAAAGUGAGCCCUAAACAGGGCUUAACAUGACUGUCACAAGCCAGUCUGAUCACUUGAGAGCCUUGUGCUGAACUUUUAAGACUUCACUCAAAAGACCAUAGAGCCAUCCACUCUGCCUUAAGCUUAGCAACUUCCUGUCAUCUCCAUAGAAACUGGGAACCAAUGAAAAUGCAUCCACAAAUGUCAAACAGCAUCCGUGUCAAUGUGGACUUUUGAUCACGCUACUGCUUCCUGUGUACUAAUGGGACUUGGUCAUUUCUGUUUGUCAUAAGUCACAUGAAUACACACACCAACUUUUUUUUUUUACCAAAUAUUCCCGUUCUAUUUUGUUUCUUGUAUUUAUAUGUGGACUAACUAUACAUUUAACUGGGACCUUUUAAGGUAAAAACUGGAAACGUAUGGUACUUGAACCAUUGAUGGUAUCAUUUUGCUGAACUUUGGUAGCUGUGAUUCUUCCCCCCCCCCUCUACCAUUUUGCACUGUGUAGGUAGCAGAACUUUAUGUUCAAACAAUGUUGGCACUCAGGCUGAUUGGAAUAAUAAAUAACAAACACUACCUAGGCACUACAGGGCAUGAACCAACUGUACCUCCAAACCUGCACAAGAACAAGAUGUACACUAUACUGGAGACUGGAUGUUAUCAGUGCUCAGAUGAUGAUACGUUUAAUUUGUUGAAUACAAUGUAGUAUUUAUACUACUUUUCUAUUAGUAUAAACAAUUGAGCUCUUGUUAAAAGCAUGGUGCCACUGUUUUGAAGAAGUGCAUUUGAGAAGGUAGUACACUUAAUAUGUACAUUCCAGGAGAUGUUUGCUGAAUAGCACUAAAGCUUCCUUCCAUUUCACCUUCAUUACUGUUGAGUGACAUGAACCACCUCAGAAUUGUUUCAGCAGCACAGAUCAUUGUCUUGUUCAUCAGGGUGUUCUUGGAGUUUCUGAAAAUAGGAGUACUAUUUCUGGAUCAGGUUCUGCUUUGGGUACAUCGUGAAUAAGUGUACAAAAUCUCCUUGAUCAUCAGUUUUAGUAUUCAUAAAGCAUCACUCCCCCACCCAGGAACGAAUAUGUAUUUAUAAGUUAAAAAAAAUCAGCUUCCCUGGCUAUAAAUAACUACUCAUCAAAAAAUGAAAGCCAAAAUUUGAGGUCAAGAAUAUUUAAGGAAGCAGACGUUAUAAAAUGGAUGUUAUAAAGUCGGCUUUGUGCCUUCAGUUCAGGAACAAGUGUUGGGCUUGUAUGUGGCACUGCACCCAGGCUGAGAACACCUGCUCAAGAAGAGCUUAUCUGGUAAAAGGGUAUUAAAAAAAAAACCCUUUGUAUUUAUCAUUUAGCAAUUUUCUAACCACACUUAUUUUGUAGCAAACUGAAAAGAAGUAUAUUUCCAUUAACACAUUUAAUCCAUGAUCUUACAUAGACCACUGUUCAUUCACAAAUCAUGUGCUUUAGAAAUUGCUCAUUUAAGGUUUGUGACAGGUGCUUCCCUUCGUUUACUGUCAGUAUUUUUCAUGUGGGUGUUUUUUUGUAAAGAGAAGUAGAGUUUUGUUUACAAUGGUAGUAUUCUUUUCUUUGUAUGGUCUUGGAGAGGAGGAGCUGGGGGUUACUGAUUGUUUCUUGUAGUACCACGUGGUCACUUUAUACAACUCUGCUGCAUAAAAUGCAUACUUUUAUAUUCAUAAAAGCAAUGGCAGUGACAGGGUAAAAACUACAUUCUUUUAGACUGCAACUUUUUACAAAGGUUCAAGAUAUCGUGUAAAUAAUGGCUUCACACUAGUUUUACACUUUGCCUUUAGUUUUCCACACCCAUUGUGCAAAACAACAUUUAAAAAAUGGAAAUGAUCAGGGCUUGACAGUGGAUGCCAGAUAAAAAAAAUAAAAUAAAAAUUUGAUCCUCUUUGUAAAACUGUCAUCCCUCCGACCCUUUGCAUCCCCAUUUGAUCGAUUUUAUUAUAGCAUGAAGUAAAAUGUCUACUGGUGAUAGAAUUAAAAUAUCUGUAAGCAAGUGCUUCAAACCAAAUCACUUUCCUCUCCUAUACAGUUUUUGGUUCAGUGCAUGGAGCCUCUAGUUCAGCUACAGACAGGCAUGAGAUAUUUCAAAAAAAAGUUUUUUGAAACCCCCCCCCCCCCCCAACCACUCCCCUGAUAUCCUCCCCUCAAUAUUCUAAAUCAACAUGAAGCCACAUGGUGACCUGCAGAAAUUUAAAUCAUUUGCUAUCAUAGCAAUUUUUAACACGGCAUACUGCUUUAGAAAGAAUGCUAACAAUAUUUUAAGCAAUUACAGGCCUUAUGAAUUUAAUUCAACUUUAAAUCAACACUGAAUUUGUUUUUGCAUUUUGUGAGGCCUGAGUAUUAACCAUGUUGCUACAGAGGGUUUACAUGUUAAAGUAGCCAAGUUUAUCAGGACUGUGAUCUACACCAAAAACAAAUUCUUUGUAGAACAAUGAAUUUCACUAAUUAUUGAUAACCUAGUAACAUUUUAGAUGUUACUAGGAUCAAAUACCAAACUUGUAUCAAGGACCAUUUUGCUGUUAAGUAUUAAGCAUGGGUAUUUUAUAUAUAAAAAAAAAUGUAUAUUUAUGUUUGCAUGCAAUUUAUUUUUUUUUACUUACCUGCAGGGCAGUUUGGGUUUAUAAUGUAAUAUUUAAAGAAAUAUUUCAUAAGUCUAAACAGUUUUUUUCCAUGUCUAAUUGAAGGUUUGUAUUUUGUAGAUUACACAAGAAAUUUCUUGUAUAGGUGUCAUUCUGAUGACUGUAAUAAACAGCUUUUUUGUUGCUCAGUAUUACUGUGCUUUUCGUGUCUAAUGUCCUUUACUGUUUAGAAUGCUUCAAAGUGUUUGGCUAUUUCCUUUGCAUGCACUUCAAAUAUGUAUGUAAAAACUUUUUGAUGAAGUGCUUUUCUUGUAUUUACUGGGAUGCAGAUGAUAAGGCUAAAGUUAAUCUAACCUUGUUUCAAUGUGAACAAAUCAGUCUGUAGAGAGAAUUGCCACUCUAACGUCUGCGUUUGCUUGCUAGAGGCGUUCCCAAGCUAGAGCAAACAAAUAGGGGUGAAAACAGCUAAACAGUAGUUAUUUAAACUAGUUGUUAAAUGCCAUUAUCUCUGCUGCUUCAGGAUUAGCUCUCUAAUCAAUCAGCACUCACUGGCAGAAAUUGUAGCAUCCUACUGCCCAAAACCUGUUUGCUGUACAAAAAAGGAAAUGUACAGGUACGUUUUCUUUAUUUUAUUGUAAUACACAUUUCUACUUUUCGAAAUAAAAGGAAGAUCCGGGCCAAGUAGUGAGAAACUAUUUAAAUUUUUCAUUUUAGACGUGGCUCUAUUCACCCCCAUUCACUGAACUCUUGGGCUCCCUCUAGCGUUUUGAAUUUUAUUUUAGAUUCUCGGGAGUAAUAGGAAGCGGCCUGGCUCUGAACAAAUACUGUAUGUUCGUAAGGGAAGGGAGCCACCUCGUGGCCAUAAUAGCAAAUUGCAAAUUUUGGCAUACUACACAACAGCAAUGAGGAAACCAAAGUUUUAUUAAUUAAACCAAAAGAAAAUUCUCCAUGGCGUUAGAAGCUGGCAUUAGCUGCCCAUUAACAGUGCACUGCUAAACCAAAAGCUGUGUUGCUUCAUUUUUAAGCCUUUUUUAAAUGUUAUCAUGCCACAGCAGAUGAUGCUUUUAAAAACAUUUCACCAAGCUGAAAUAUCAGGUUCCAUUAAAUUUGUCUAAAGUGGUGGUGUUGCAAAAUAUUAACUUCCAGAGCAAACCAUGCUGUUUGUGCUACAAGCAUUUUAUGAAAAAUUACAAUAUGCCUGCAAAUAAAAUAAUCACCCACAAAAGAAAAGGAAAAAACUCAUUUACACACAUUUUAAGAUGAGCUUGAAACCACUGUUGUAAAGCUGUUAAAACACAAAGGAUUUGCUAAAUAUAUUUUUAAUCAUUUAAAUUAUUCUGAAGGAAUAUGACCUUUCUUUUUAAAAUGGUGUAUGGCAAAAGCUUGUGUAAUGUAUCUUAGUAGAAACUGAAUUAAAGAAUUAGUUGAGAAUUUUAAAAAAAGGGUGUUACUUUGUGAAUGGUAUAGUAAUCAAUAUUUCAUAUUUGUUAACCUUGAUUGAUAUGUCCCAAAAUUAUACACUGCUUAGUAGUGCAGUGCCCACACUUUUGUUCUGAGGAAUUUGGUGCACAACGUAAGAAUUCUACCAAAUAUUUAGAUGGAGCACCGUAACUGAUAUAAAAUGUACCACAAUGAGUAUUAUUUGGAUGUUGAAGUUGUAUUAUGUUGCAAUGUAAGCUAGGAUGGGGAGGUUCUUCUUAAAAAACCAAAAAAAAAAACCCAAAACAAAACAUGCACACAAAAAAAAAACAACAAACAAAAAAGACUGCAAGUGAUCAAUCAGACUGAAGCAAGGCAUUGCAAAUAGUCUUGUAGGCCAUAAAACAGGAACGAGAGAAAAUGCUGCCCCGGGUCUCUCAC